CGCGCCGCUGGCUGUCAAGGUGUGGACACGGCGAGCGCGCGAGUGGGAACGCAGUGGCGAGCUUUCAGGCACGGGAGCGGACGCGUCUUAAAAAAAAAGGGCCGGAAGGGGCGAACGCCAGUCCGUUUUUACUAAAGCAAUUAUGUUCACCAACGCGCCCCGGCCGUCUCCCUUUGAAGCUGUCGAUAUAUAGCCGGGAAGCUGUCGCGUCUUUGCCCGUCACCUAUGAGCCGAAGCGAAGCGCGAAGGGCGCAGGUAGAAGAGCAGAGCCGGAAGAACCCGCAUUACUGGUCGCCUUCGCUUUGUUCGGCUUCCUCCGAGUGGAUCGUCGCUGAUAUUAUCGCGUAAAUGCGGUGAGCCUUAAAGCGCGUCCGAGCUGCAGAAAUUAUGACGGACUUGAGGAAAAACAAACUCUUCGUCCUGGUGGACGUGCUGUGUGUCGUUGUAGCUUCUCUUCCCUUCGUGAUAAUGAACAUUGCGUCCAAGCCAUACGAGCGGGGCAUCUACUGCCAGGACGAGAGCAUUAGUUACCCUUACAAAGACGACACAAUCUCCCACGUGACGCUGGCUGCGGUCACCAUCACCUGCACUAUCAUCAUCAUAUCUUCGGGUGAAGCGUACCUGGUGUACAGCAAAAAAAUUCAGUCCAGCUCUACCUUUAAUCAAUAUGUGUCGGCCAUAUAUAAAGUGCUGGGUGCCUUCUUGUUCGGAGGAGCCGUCAGCCAAUCACUGACGGACUUGGCCAAGUACACCAUUGGGCGACCACGGCCACAUUUCUUAACAGUAUGUGCUCCCAGAGUCUGCAAAGGAUACAUGGCCUCGAUCAACUGCACGGGCCCACAAAGUGAUGUGACUGAAGCCCGGUUGUCCUUCUACUCUGGUCACUCCUCCUUUGGGAUGUAUUGCAUGCUCUUUCUAGCGUUCUAUGUUCAGGCCAGAUUGCAUGCAAAAUGGGCUCGUCUCCUGAGGCCGACUAUCCAGUUCUUCCUGGUGGCCUUUGCCGUGUAUGUAGGUUACACUCGUGUGUCUGAUUAUAAGCACCACUGGAGCGACGUGCUGGUGGGGCUCCUCCAGGGGGCGCUCAUUGCAAUUCUCACUGUGCGAUACGUAUCUAAUUUCUUCAAGGUUCGUCCUCAUCCUCAGUGCUCAAGUCCAGAGACGGCAGACAAUGAGGAACGGAAACCAAGCUUACAUUUAAGCGACGUAGAGCACAAUAACCAUUUAGGUUAUUCUGGACCUGUGUGAGGCCGAACAUUACAUCUCCCACAAACCACUGGACUGACGGAAGGGGGCGGAGCAAGACUGCAAUGCUCAGAAUGGUCCUCCUUGGAAAAAUUUACAAAAAGCUUUAGUGUGCCUUUAGUGUGUCCUUUUGAAGGAGAGAGAACUUUUUAUACAUAUUUAAUCAAUUUAUUUUAAUCAGAAUGAUUUGCUGAGGAUGUUGAGGGGCCGGAUUGAUUUUUUUAUUAUUUUUUUUUUUAAAUAAAAAAAGUCUAUAUACUGGACCAUGUACGGCAUGUAUAAUCUUAUUUGAAUUGUAAAUCUUACUGUUUUGUAAAUAGCGGCUUGCUUUUCUUAUAUUAUUUGAUGAACCCAACAGAAUCGUACAUUCUGUCGUUACAAAUGCAGAACUCACUUUUGCUAAUAUUAUGUGCCUUAGUAACUAUAUAGUAAUCUGGACUGCAAAUAGUGAAUAAUGUAAAAAAAACAAAAUUGCUAGGAUAUCUUGGUUUUGUUCCCCUAUGUUUAAAAUUUAAACGCGAGAUACCACUACAGCAUCUGCAAGUCUGUUAUGCUUCUUUAUAUUUUCGGUUUUUGCAUUUAAAAAAAGCUGGCUUUAUUGAACUUUGGAACCGUUGUUUGCUUUUGACCAAAUUUGUAUUAAAUAUUUGUAAUAUUAAUCUGCUUGUUGGUUGAGUACUGCACUGUUAUUGUUGGAACAUUUUUCAGAUUUCGCUACCUUAACGAAUUUUCGCAGCCUUUUUUUAUUUUUAAAUGCAUAACUGCUGCUAUGGUUACGCCUGUUGUUUUGCGCCUGUAAACAGACUUUUGAAAAUGCCAUUUUAAAAACAAAAACGCACUCGCGUAAACAGGCCCUAAACAUGAUGAAAAGGAAUCUUGUUUGUAUUGCAUUUGCAUUCUACUGAAGAAAAAAAAAAAACCAUUUAAUAUUUGCA